AUGGAUGUGUAUGGAAAGAAUGUGGAUGCUCGUGCGGCUAUGAAGCUAUUCCUGGAAAUGGAAGAUGCAGGGGUUCUUGCCGAUGAGGGGAUUUACAGGACAUUGCCUGGGGUUCUUUGUAGAGUUGGGGAGAUUGUUGAGGAAGACAUUGUUUCUAAAGCCGUAUCUCUUUUCGAAGAAGGGAUUCUUAAGGACAGUCACAGUUUAGCUACUUUUGUGGAGGCUAUUGUAGAGAAACGCAAGCAUGGAGUAGCUCUUGAACUUGUGAAGAAAAUGCAGCUUUAUGGUUUUGAUGUUAAUGGCCAUGUUUAUGCAUCUCUGAUCCGUGGUUAUGGGAAAAUUGGAUUGGUUGAUGAAGCCGAGAAGAUAUUUGCAGAGAUUAAAUCUUCUGAAUGUAUUGAGAACAGGGAAUUGGUUUAUUCAUCUAUGAUUUAUGUGUACCCCAGAGCAGAAAUGAAGGCAUCAGCAGAGAUGGUUUGGAAUGAAAUGGAAAGCUUGAUGGGUUAUAGAGUAAGUGAAGAAGCAUUGUUGUCGAUGAUGUCUUUGUAUGGGGCUUUGGGUCUGGUUGAUGAUACAGUAAGAGUGUUCAAUUGGUGGAAGACCAGUGGUUGUUGUUUGAACAUUGAUGCUUAUGUUGUUCUUGUAAAUGCAUUGGUUAAGUCUCGCAAUCUUAAUCAAGCCGAAGAUUGGAACAAGGUUUGA